UUUCAGCACUGUGAACUAAGACCACAAGUAAAGCAUACAAAAUGCUGUGCCCCUGGCAGUUUGUGUUCAAAUCUCGUGCUGCCAGGAGCCAGUACUCUGGAGAGAAGGAUUUCAAUAACAACGUGGAGAAAAAUAGGAAGAUCCGUGGCUUAGAAAAGGAUGAUGCCAAAUUAUAUGAUCCGAGCAAGAAGCAGAUCAAGGUGCUGCCCGUCGUGACUUCGGCACAGGCCAGGGAGGAGGGAGAGAACUUCCCUCAAAGUGAUAUCAAAGUUUCAAACCAAAUAUCAAGAUGUCCAAGACAUUUAAGAAUAAGAAACUUGGAAAAUGGAUCCAGCUUUCUUGACACACUACACCUGACAGCAAAGGAGGUUAUCAACUGCCGGACCAAAGCCUGCCAAGGGUCACUCAUGACCCCGAAGGGCCAGGUGAGAGGUACCAGAGAUGGGCCAGUUCCACUGGAAGAGCUUUUGCCUCAGGCAAUAGACUUUGUCAAGCAGUACUACAGUUCAUUUAAAGAACCAAAAAUGGAAGAAUACCCAGGCCGGCUGGAAACAGUGACCAGGGAGAUAGAAACUACAGGAACCUACCAUCUGACAAAGGAUGAGCUGACCUUUGCUACCAAACAAGCCUGGAGGAAUGCACCCAGGUGCAUUGGGAGAAUCCAGUGGUCCAAUCUACAGGUGUUCGAUGCACGGGACUGUAAAACAGCACAGGAAAUGUUUGAGCAUAUCUGUCGUCAUAUUCAGUACGCCACAAACAAUGGGAAUAUAAGAUCAGCCAUCACGGUGUUCCCGCAGCGGACGGACGGGCACCACGAUUUCCGGGUGUGGAACAGCCAGCUGGUCCGCUACGCCGGGUACCGCCUGCCCGGGGGGGCCGUGCUGGGAGACCCUGCCAGUGCAGAGUUCACACAGUUGUGUAUCGAGCUUGGGUGGAAGCCGAAAUAUGGCCGCUUUGAUGUACUUCCACUUGUCCUCCAAGCAAACGGCCAAGACCCAGAAAUAUUUGAAAUACCUCCAGAAAUUGUCCUUGAAGUGCCAAUGGAGCAUCCAAAGUACGAGUGGUUCAAGGACCUGGAUCUGAGGUGGUAUGCGCUGCCUGCCGUGUCCAACAUGCUGCUGGAGGCGGGGGGCCUGGAGUUCACCGCGUGCCCCUUCAACGGCUGGUACAUGGGCACAGAGAUAGGAGUGCGAGACUUCUGUGACGUGCAGCGCUACAACAUCCUGAAGGAGGUAGGGAGGAGAAUGGGACUGGAAACAAACAAACUAUCAUCGUUAUGGAAGGACCGGGCUGUUGUAGAGAUCAAUGUGGCUGUGCUUCAUAGCUUCCAGAAGCAGAAUGUGACUAUCAUGGAUCACCACUCGGCCUCCGAGUCCUUCCUGAAGUACAUGCAGAGCGAGUACCGCGCGCGGGGCGGCUGCCCGGCCGACUGGGUGUGGAUCGUGCCUCCCAUCUCAGGCAGCAUAACGCCCGUGUUCCACCAGGAGAUGCUGAACUAUGUCCUCACCCCCUUCUAUUACUACCAGGUGGAUGCAUGGAAAACACAUGUGUGGCGUGAUGAGACCCGGAGGCCAAAGAAAAAAGAAAUAAAGUUUAGCAUGCUGGCAAAGGCUGUCCUCUUUGCAUCCUCACUCAUGCGACAAGCAAUGGCCACCAGGGCCAAGGUCACUGUAAUCUUUGCAACAGAGACGGGGAAAUCAGAAACACUCGCCAACACCCUGUGCAGCCUCUUCAACUGUGCCUUCAACACCAGGAUUCUGUGCAUGGAUGAGUACAAUAUUUGUGACCUGGAAAAAGAAACACUUCUUUUAGUGGUUACAAGCACUUUUGGAAAUGGAGAUUCUCCAGGUAACGGAAAGACCUUGAAGAACUCCUUGUUCACACUGAAACUGCUGAGAAAAAAAAUUAGGUAUGCUGUGUUUGGUUUGGGGUCCAGCAUGUAUCCAGAGUUCUGUGCCUUUGCUCAUGCCAUUGACCAAAAACUGGCCCAGCUCGGGGCUUCCCAGCUCACUCCAGUCGGAGAAGGGGAUGAACUCAGUGGGCAAGAAGAAGCCUUUCGCACCUGGGCAGUCAGUGCUUUCAAGGCUGCCUGUGACAUUUUUAACAUCCAUGGAGGACACAGUAUUCAGUUGCCUGAGAUCUACACCUCUGAGGAAAGCUGGGAUCCUACCAGUUACAGAAUAGUGUAUGACUCUCAGCCCAUGGACCUGGCUAAAGCUCUUUCAAGCAUUCAUGCCAAGGAUAUAAUUCCCAUGAAGCUGAAAUUCAGACAGAAUCUUCAAAGUUUAAAGUCCAGUCGUGUUACCAUUCUGGUUAAACUCUCCUGUGAGGCUAAUCAGGAAGUGCACUACCUGCCUGGAGAACACAUCGGGAUUUUCCCAGGCAACCAGCCAGAACUAGUCCAUGGCAUCAUUGCACGUGUCCACGAUGCCCCCCCAGCUGAUCAGACUAUCAGGCUUGAAACCUGCACUGAUGGUGGCUACUGGACCAGUGACAGAAAGAUUCCAGCCUGCACACUCCCUGAGGCUUUGACGUACUUGCUUGAUAUCACUACUCCACCCUCCCAACAACUGCUAAAGAAACUCUCCCAGCUGGUGACAGCAGAAGGAGACAGACAGAGGCUGGAAGUGUUGUGUCAGAGCACAGAAGAAUACAAUAAAUGGAAGUUUUACAACAGCCCAAACAUGAUGGAGGUCCUGGAGGAGUUUCCCUCUGCUGAGGUCUCCACAACCUUCUUGCUGACUCAGCUGCCAUUUCUGAAGCCCAGGUACUAUUCUGUCAGCUCCUCCUGUGACAUGACAGCCAGAGAGAUUCAUCUGACAGUUGCAGUUGUAAACUACAGGACAAGAGAUGGAGAGGGGCCUUUGCACCAUGGAGUCUGCAGCACAUGGCUGAAUACAAUAGCUCUUGAUGAACCAGUUCUGUGCUUCAUACGCAGUGCUAAUGAAUUCCAUCUCCCAGAGGAGCCAGCCCAGCCCUGCCUCCUGAUCGGCUCGGGAACAGGGAUUGCUCCCUUCCGGAGCUUCUGGCUGCAGCGUCUCCAUGACCUGGAGCAGAGAGGGAUCAAAGGAGGGGACAUGACGUUGCUGUUCGGCUGCCGGCAGCCAGACCUGGAUCACCUCUACAGAGAGGAAACUGAGGAAAUGAAGAGGAAGGGAGUCCUGAAAGAGGUCUACACAGCUUACUCCAGACUGCCUGACCAAGCUAAAAUCUACGUUCAGGAUGUCCUGCAGAGGCAGCUGGAGGCCGUGGUGUGUGAGGUGCUGCAGGGCCAGGGCCACGUCUACGUGUGCGGGGACGUGCGCAUGGCCGGGGACGUGGCGCGGGCGCUGCGCGCGCUCAUCGCCAGGGCCCUGCGGCUCAGCCAGCAGCAGGCACAGGAGUACUUCUUCCAGCUCAAGGUAUGCUCUGACACACGGGGCAUUCUGUCCAGUCAGUGCCCGGGGGGGUCCCAGCAGCCUGCACAGCCACACUGCCAUGAGCUCCUCUGCAGCCCAGAGCACAGGAGCCAGGGCUCAGUCCCCACAGUGCCUGCACAGGAGCCAGGGCUCAGUCCCCACAGUGACUGCACAGGAGCCAGGGCUCAGUCCCCACAGUGAC